GUGCAAUUCCUUCAAUUUGGCCAUGAAGAGGAAGCGAUUCCAUAGCCUGAACACUCCGGAAAAGCUUGCCAAGAAGUUCCACAACAGGGCCGACAAGAGCGGCGUGUUGCAGAGGUUUGUGCUGAAGGCCCGCAUGUGCAGCAAGAGGCAAGCGCGCAGAUAUGCGUUCCACAUUGCUUCAUGGUUUGCGUGCGCUCCACUCUACUACAUCCCUGGAUCGAUGGAGAUGGACCUGCUUCACAAAUUUGUGCUCAAGCUGGGCGGUGGGCAGUUGCCAGGCCGUCUUCGAAAAGUUUUGCCAAAGGCACAAGCCGCGCUUGAGGGCAUGAAUCUUCGUGGCCGGAUUCAGAACGGGGCGUGGCAGAGGCUGAGGCAGAGGCUCCAGCGCUUCCACUGCUGUCGGAAUGCCUUGGCUGAGGGGCACCCAGGUUCUGAAGCAGAGGACGACGCAGAGCAGGAACAGGACAAAUCGGAGCGGCAGGGGAUGGAGAGCGAGGAAAACGAGGAUAAGAAGGAAGACAAAGUUGGUGGUGUCUGCCAUGCUGAAGCUGGUCGCAAUGACACGGCUAUAGUUGAGGUGGACUCGUGUGAAGAUCAAGCAGAAGCAGACAUUCAUGGCUACUACGGGUCCGCUGACAGAGAAGGCAGCGAGGCCUGUGUUGGCAUCCGUGAUGCAGCGCUUGCUGCAGUGGCAAAGGACGCGCAACCAUGUGGCAAAGAAGCACAGCUACAUUUCUUCAGAAAGAUAAACCUGUGGGCCAACAUGGUCAACCACGAGAAGCUGGCCUUGCUCAAGGAGCUCCAGCUCGCGAGCAAGGCGGCAGGCAGCGAAGCUGUCCUGGCAGACGCUGUCUGCGCCGUCGCGGCUGCCCUGUGUCCUCCCC